GAGGCUGGCAAGCAGGGCUGAUGCUGGCAGGAGCCCUUAGCAGCAUUAAGUGAAUGAGCAGCACCGGGAGGAGCGGCAGCCAGAGCAGGUGCUGGGGGCCCCGAGAAAGCUUCUGGCCACACUUGAUUCCCAGCCUGCAGAAGGAACCGAGCGCCAUGACUCUGGCCGCGUACAAAGAGAAGAUGAAGGAGCUCCCCCUCGUGUCCUUGUUCUGCUCCUGCUUUCUGGCCGACCCCUUGAACAAACCAGCGUAUAAAUACGAAGCAGACACCGUCGACCUCACCUGGUGCGUCAUUUCGGACAUGGAAGUCAUCGAGCUGAACAAGCGCACCUCAGGCCAGUCCUUCGAGGUGAUCCUAAAGCCGCCGUCCUUCGACGGGAUCCCCGAGUUCAACGCCUCCCUGCCCCGGCGACGCGACCCCUCCCUGGAGGAGAUCCAGAAGAAGCUGGAGGCGGCUGAGGAGCGGCGGAAGUACCAGGAAGCGGAGCUCCUGAAGCACCUGGCGGAGAAGCGGGAGCACGGGCGGGAGGUCAUCCAGAAAGCCAUCGAGGAGAACAACAACUUCAUCAAGGCGGCCAAGUUGAAGCUGGCGCAGAGGAUGGAGUCCAACAAGGAGAACCGGGAGGCCCACUUAGCCGCCAUGCUGGAACGCCUGCAGGAGAAGGACAAACAUGCGGAAGAGGUGCGGAAAAACAAGGAGCUCAAGGAAGAAGCCUCCAGGUAGAGAGGCCAGGACGGUGGCGGUUUGGACUGACAGCGCCGGUGAAGCUUUGCGACCGAUGAUGGGGAGUUCCUCUGCUUGCUUUGUUUGUGAAUGUAAAGAAUUGACCAGUGAAGCCAUCCUAUUUGUUUUGGGGGAGGGAGGGGAGAUGGGGAGGAGAGAGAUGGGGCAGGGAGGUG